AUGUUCCAUUUACACCAGCAGCUAAACUCGGACGGAUACCAGGUGGAUCUUGUCGGCUGGGGAGAGAAAUUGCCAGCGAGCCAAGAUAUCGUCUCUUUGCUCGACCUUGAAGUCCCAUUCUUCGAUGGUAUCACCAAAGAAAAUCUCGCGCUCUUUUACAAACAGUCAAAGAUCACUCAACGUCGAACUUCCUCACAGAUAAGGCCACAGGAUCCGCGAUUCGCCCAAGUGCUGGGCAUGGCGCGGACACUGCGUCCUGAGCUAGGCGUUCCAUUUGCUACUUUGGAAAUGCAAGACUUUGGGCCAGGUUCCAUGGAAGCCAUCUGCCUUCUCCUGCGCAAAAUCCAGCGCCGAACAGCGGAACCAACUGAGGUUUCUGAAUUCGACCCAGACCAAGAAUUUGCUUGGACCAAUGGUGUUAUCCAUGUUAGUCGCAUGUAUUGGCUCUCCAUUCCUGAAGCAGGUGGGAGCUUUUCGACAGCUACCUUGGAGAUAGGCCGGCCGGGAUUGCUCAACACGCUCCGUUGCGCCCCCCAGCCAAUGAAGCCACUGCAGCCCGAUGAGGUACGGGUCAAGACCAUGUCAGUCAGCAUGAAUUAUCGCGAGCUUCUUGUCGCCAUGGGAGUGGUUCCCAAUGAGGGCCAGGAAGUGGUGGGGACUGAUGCUGGUAUCGUGACAGCAGCCGGAGCCAACGUCACCAACGUAUCGGUUGGCGAUCGAGUCAUGGCUAUCAGCGUUGCGGAAACCAGCUAUACGACCGAGUUACAGCUCUCCAGCCAGCUCUGUGCUCGAAUCCCAGAUGACUGCGGCUUUCAAGAUGCAAGCACACUGCCCACCAUAUAUCUUACCGUGCUGAGAACCCUGCGAGAAAAGGUAAAUCUCCGAGGAGACCAAACAGUACUCAUUCAUAGUGCCGCUGGAGGAGUGGGCAUCGCAGCCAUCCAUUAUGCGAAAUGGGCUGGUGCGAAGAUCUACGCGACAGUCAGCUCACCAGAAAAGACGGCGUUUUUGGUUGAGAAGAUGGGCGUGCCGAAAGAAAACAUCUUCUACUCUCGAGAUAGUAACUUCCUGGACGCAGUUAUGAGGUCAACGGAUGGUCGGGGAGUCGGCGUGGUGCUCAACUCGCUGUCAGGUGAGCUGUUGCGUGCCUCAUGGCAAUGUGUCGCGGAAGGAGGAAGCAUGAUCGAGAUCAGUAAACGAGACCUUCUCUGCCGGGCGCAACUGGCGAUGAGUCCGUUCUUGGCCAACCGGUCGUAUAUCGGGGUGGACAUUGCAACUCUCCCGUUGAUAGAACCCACUUGGGUUCAAGAGCACUUGGUCACGAUUGUGGACCUGUACAGCCAGGGCAUUAUACAUCCUGUCCGCCCGAUUACAACAUUUCCCGCCAACCAAGUCGAAGACGCCUUCCGGCACCUGCAAAAGGGACAACACAUCGGCAAACUCUGUAUCCAAUUCUCGGACUCGCCAGACCUUCGACUGGUCCCGAGUGUAGCGGAACUAGAAUUGCGAGCGGACCGAGCCUACCUAUUUGUGGGUGGAAUGCGCGGCAUCGGUGUAUGGAUCGCAAGAUGGAUGGUAUCCCAUGGAGCCAAGAACUUGGUAUUUCUUUCUCGCUCAGCGGGGGAGAAGGAGGAGGACAGAGCACUUGUCCGCGAAUUGUCCGAGAUGGGAUGCCAGGCCCUAACCUUUGCCGGUGACGUUGCCGACCUAGCGACUGUUCAACGCGUUGUCUCGAGCAUCGCAAUGCCGAUCGCGGGUGUCAUCCAGCUGGCCAUGGUGCUUGCGGACACUGGGGUGAUGGAUAUGGACAUAGGAAAAUGGAACGCAGCCGUCAGACCCAAAGUCAAUGGAACCUGGAACCUGCAUGAAGCUCUACCAACCGAUCUCGAUUUCUUUGUCAUGGCGUCGUCUCUGUCCGGUAUAUUCGGGAACUACGGCCAAUCCAACUACGCAGCCGCAAACACUUUUCUGGAUGCUUUUGCCCAAUUUCGCCAAUCAAGGGGGCUUGCUGCAUCAACCGUGGACCUCGGUGUCGUGGACGAGAUUGGGUGGGUCAGUCGGAAUGCAUCCGUCCACCGUAAAGUGCCACUUAUGGGAUUCCGAUCACGCAACCAGCUACUGCAUGGUCUCUUGUCCAAGACGGGUAUCGCUAAAGGGCAAUAUAUCUGGCAGCGAGAUCCCCGCACCGCUUUGAGUCGCGUUCAUCAUCAGGAAGGGGAGGUCCCUUCUGGCAGUGGCGAGGCUAAAGGUGGUGGGCUAAAGACCUUCCUUUCCGCCGUCCAGGACAAUCCGGAGGUUCUGCACGACGCAUCGAGCGCUCAAGUUACAGCCAAGGAAAUCGCCCGCCAGGUGUCCAUUUACACGAUGCGAGACAGUGAGCAGGAGGUAGAUCUGACAUUGUCGCUGCAGGAUUUUGGUGUUGACUCCUUGGUCUCAAUCGAACUUCGCAACUGGUGGAAGCAGGCGUUUGGGGCUGAUGUGACCGUGCUGCAGCUGAUGAAUAGCGGCAGCUUUCUGGGUCUCGGUCAGAAGGCGGUAGAUCAGCUCAAGCAGAAGUAUUUGAAGCCAUAA